CAGGGCCCCGGCCAAUGGACUGGCGGCAGCGGAUUGGGCGGCGCGGCCGGGGAGCGGGGUUACUGCGGGGCAGCUGAUUGGUCAGUGCCCUGAGGGGGCAGCGGCCAGUGAGCUGAUUGGUUGGUGACGGCAGCCAGACGGUGGCAGUGACAGUGACAGCAGUGAUGGGCGCGGGGACAGAGCCGGCGGAGGCGCAGUGUGACUCACUGGAGGGGAGGGUCUACCUGGAUUACAAUGCCACCACUCCCCUGGCUCCCGAGGUGGCCCAGGCCAUGUGGGAUGCCAUGUGGCAGGCCUGGGGCAACCCCAGCAGCUCCCACCCUGCAGGCAGCAAGGCGAAGGAGCUCAUCAGCAGCGCACGGGAGAGCCUGGCGAAGAUGCUAGGAGGCCGCCCCGAGGACAUCGUCUUCACCUCGGGGGGCACGGAGGCGAACAACAUGGUGAUCCACAGUGCCCGCAGGCACUUCCACGACAGCCAGCGUGGGAUGGGGGACAGCCAGGGCAUACCACACAUCGUGACAUCGAGCGUAGAGCACGACUCCAUCCGCCUGCCACUGGAGCAGCUGGGGAGGGAGGGCCUGGCAGAAGCCACCUUUGUGCCUGUGUCCCCACGGAGCGGGCAGGCAGAGGUGGACGAUGUCCUGGCCGCCAUCCAGCCAAACACCUGCCUGGUCUCCCUCAUGUUGGCCAAUAACGAGACCGGGGUCAUCAUGCCCGUCGCAGAGCUGAGCCAGCGCAUCUGUGCCCUCAACCGGCGCAGAGCAGCAGAGGGUCUGCCCAGGAUCCUGGUGCACACAGAUGCAGCACAGAUGAUUGGCAAGGGGUGCGUGGACGUGCAGGAGCUGGGCGUGGACUACCUGACCAUCGUGGGACACAAGUUCCACGGCCCACGGAUUGGAGCGCUGUACAUCCGCAGCCCCGGCACCGCCACCCCGCUGCACCCCAUGCUCUUCGGAGGGGGACAGGAGAGGAGUUUCCGGCCAGGCACUGAGAACACCCCGAUGAUUGCCGGCCUUGGCCAGGCUGCAGAGUUAGUGAACAAGAACUGGGAGGCCUAUGAGGCUCAUAUGCGGGAUGUCCGGGAUUACCUGGAGGCCAUGCUGGAGGCCUCCUUUGGGAAGCAGAGGAUUUGCUUCAACAGUCACUUUAAGGGCUCCAAACGACUCUGCAACACCUGUAAUUUCUCCAUCCUGGGCUCAGGCCUUCAAGGACGAAGGGUGCUGGCUCACUGCAAGGUGCUCCUCGCCAGCGUCGGGGCUGCCUGCCACUCUGAGAAGGGGGAUCGGCCCUCCCCAGUGCUGCUGAGCUGUGGGAUUCCCCCAGAGGUGGCGCAGAACGCGCUGCGGCUGAGCGUGGGGCGUGGCACCACACGGGCAGAUGUGGACAGGGCUGUGCAGGACCUCAUGCAGGCUGUGGAGGAGCUGGAGCGGGACCAGGCCCCAUAGACCCCUGAACUGAUCCACUGACACCACUCAGGGGGCAGAGCUCCUGUUACCAGCUCCACCUGCUCCUCAAGGAAACAGUUGUCGGGGCAGCUGUGACUGUGCCAGCACCUGAGGGACUCCUGCGUGGCCCAGGGGGUCUCUGUCAUCACCAGCACUGGAGGACACAAGUGUCACGUGGAUCAGGAGCAUUGCCAUCUGGGCUGGCUGAUGUCAGGGAACUUGAUCUCCCUAAGUAUUCAUAGGAAUAAAAGUAAUUGCUGCUUCUUUUCACAAGUAAAAUGUAUUUUCUAUGGGGGAAGCUGGA